AUGUUUUUGCCAGAGCCUCGGAGCAGGAACAAUGCCUCGAUUGACUGUGAUGAAUGACUUACUUACCUCAUCAUCUCAUCCAAUGCGGUCUUAGUUGGCUGAGCGACAGCGCCCUUCGCUUGUCAAAACCGUCAGAAGAGAUAAUUGCUCAAGCAGCCAGAAGCAUCAUCUCACGACCCUAGUUGCAUUGUACACCAUCGCGCAACACCAUCGCGCAACACCAUCGCGCAACACCAUCAAGCUCCAUUCUCACCUUUCAUAUUCAGCAAUUCCAAGUCUCGCGGCUCACCCUCCAGCGUCACAUUUAGACCCCUCCCCACUUGACCAACAUGGACGUUGAAUGCCAAUGCGGAGCGGUCGCCUUCAAGACGCCGACCCCAGAACCUCUCGAUAUCUACUGCUGCCACUGCUCCCAAUGCCGCAAGCAGUCCGCCUCCGCCUUCGGCACAUCCGCCAUCUUCCCCGCCGACGGCCUGUUCCCCCUCUCCGACGACCUCGGAUCGAAGCUCCAGUCGUGGACGCGGCCGACCAAGGGCGGCGGACACAUGGACUGCUAUUUCUGCCGCGUCUGCGGAUGUCGCGUCUUGCACCGCGCGCACGACAAGCGCGGCACUCCGAGCCAGACUGUCAGCAUCAAGGGAGGGCUCAUCGCGGGGCUCCAGAUGGACCGGGGGAAACACAUCUGGACGAGCAGCGCCGUCGUACGGAUCCCCGAGGAGGCUGAGAGGUGGGCCGAGUCGCCGCCUGGCACUCCCACUGACAACGACCAGUGAGGAGGUUAUUGUCUGUCAAGAUGGUCACACGAAGAGUGGAGGGGCGGGGUCUCAGCUG